CUGUACUCAGUACAGUACAGCAGUGAAUAUCGAAAUGCAGUUUGGGUGUGUGUGACAUUUUUGCUGCGAUUUCGCAGUUCUGUUCUUGUUUUUCAGGAAAACCACAAAGUGGUUUGAGUGAGUCCCUUCUAUUUAGGGACUAUCAAAAACCAUGAUUCCACGUGUUCGACCGCGCCUCGUAACUUUCGAUGUGACAGGAACACUAUUGAUGACCAAAUUGGAGCAUUACGUCGAUAUUGGCCGCCAAUAUGGCCUCCAUGUCGAUUCGCUUCGUUUGGCGCGAAAUUUCAAAAGUAACUUCGUCCGGCUCACGGCGGAGCAUCCGAAUUUCGGUCGACACACAGGAUUGGGAUGGGAAAAUUGGUGGCGUACCAUCGUCCACGAGGUCUUCAAGGAUCAGCAUCCCUUCGUGUCCCAGGACACUCUAAACAAGGUCGCCGACAGUCUGAUAAGCUGCUACGCCACUGCCCGAUGUUGGCACACGUAUCCGGGUGCUGUGGAGCUGCUCAGCUUUUUACGAAGCAAGGGCAUCUUCCUCGGGGUCAUCUCGAACUUCGACCAACGUCUCGAAUCUAUCCUUGAAGAUACACGGAUUCGCGAAUAUUUUGUCUUUGUCCUUACUUCCUACGACUUCGGUAUGGAGAAGCCGAGUUUGCCAAUCUUCAAUGAGGCUUUGAGACUGACGACGUUGUCCGGAAAGGAGAAAAUUUUACCUCAAGAAGCAAUGCAUAUCGGUGACACAGUCGAUAACGAUUAUUUCGGUGCGAAGAGUGCCAGUUGGAAUGCAUUGUUAAUCAAACAUAAUGAAGGAGAAAAGAUCAAUGACAAAAUACCCAAAGAAGAUGUAUUUAAUAAUUUAAAAGAACUUCAGUGUUACUUUGAAAAGGUUCUCGCAUCUGAUCAUGUGACAACUUGAAAUGAUGUCAUUUGAUAUGAAAAUUUUUUAAAAUUUAAUUUCUUUGUAUUAGAUUUGUUUGAUCAAACCUGUUAGAUAUGAUUGAUGAUGAGAUGAUGAUCAGUUCAAUAUGAUUAUACAAUAAAAAAAUUGCGUUCUGGAAAUUUUGGGGCCAAAGAAAUGU